CCCAGGCUAGGAAAUCCUCUGCCACCUUUUCCCGGGGCCUCGCUGGGCUGAGGAGCCCGGCUCCAGGCAGGCACUGGCCGGGGCUGAGGAUUCGGCUUCCUAGCGGCAGCAGCGACACCUCCCGCCGCCUCCCGGAGCCCAGCUGCACCGCAGGGACCUGCCCGCGGGGAAGCCGGCAAGGGGGAGGAGGCAGCGGCACAAACUGACGUGUCUCCGUCAUGGAGCUUAGCGUGAUUCAUCAACAGCAGCAGCGCGCCCGGGGCAGGAUGCUGCGCACCAUCCCCGCUUAGAGCCGGGCGAGGGGCGACACCCGCCCUGCCCUGCCGUCCGCAGCCGCGUCUCCUUGCCGCGCCGUGCAGCGUCCCUGGGGGAGCCAAGAUGGAAGAAAUCCUGAGGAAGCUGCAGAAGGAAGCGUCGGGGAACAAAUACAAAGCGAUCAAGGAGAGCUGCGGCUGGGCCAUUGAAACUUUGGAAUCUUCUGAUGCUGCUACCAAGAUCCCUCCAUAUCAGCUGAGGGAGAAGUGUCUCCUCCCACUGCAGCUGGCUUUGGAAUCAAAGAACGUGAAGUUGGCCCAACAUGCUCUAGCAGGGAUGCAGAAGCUGCUGUCUGAUGAGAGAUUUGUAUCCGUGGAAACCGGCUCAGAUGAGAAGCAGCUACUAAAUCAGAUGCUGAAUGCCGUCAAAGUGACUCCUUCCCUGAACGAAGACCUGCAGGUAGAAGUGAUGAAGGUUUUGCUCUGUAUCACGUACACCUCCACAUUUGACCUGAAUGGAAGUUCAGUGCUAAAGAUUGCUGAGGUUUGCAUUGAGACAUAUGUAUCUAGCUGUCACCAGCGGAGUAUUAACACCGCUGUGCGGGCAACCCUCAGCCAAAUGUUGAGUGACUUGACUUUACAGUUACGGCAAAAGCAAGAGAAUACGACAACUGAAAACCAUGAAGCCAUGCAAGAGUUCAAGAGCCAAGGUUCUACAGUAGAGUCCCUUUGCGACGAUGUUGUGUCUGUCCUCACUGUGCUCUGUGAGAAGCUUCAGGCUGUCAUAAAUGAAAAUCAGCAACUGCAGCUUCUCUACCUGGAAUGUAUUCUCUCAAUGCUAAAUAGUUCCUCUCCCGGCAUGCACAACCACAGAGGAUUCACUGACCUUAUUUGGAAGCAAUUGUGUCCAGCCCUUGUAGUAAUCCUGGGAAAUCCAAUCCAUGACAAAACAAUCACCUCUGCCCACAGUAGCAUCUGUCUCGAGGCCGAUUCGCCCUCCUCAGGGGUCGCUGAUCAUGGCCGAGGGUCAGGUUGCUCCUCCACAGCACCUGCCCUUAGUGGCCCCGUUGCUCGGACCAUAUAUUACAUUGCAGCGGAACUGGUUCGACUGGUGGGGUCAGUAGAAUCCAUGAAACCUGUGCUCCAGUCACUCUAUCAUCGUAUGCUGCUGUAUCCCCCACCCCAGCACCGAGUGGAAGCCAUCAAGAUCAUGAAAGAGAUACUAGGUAGUCCACGACGGCUCUGUGAUUUGGCAGGACCCUGCUCGUCUGAACCAGAAUCCAGAAAGAGGUCAAUCUCGAAAAGGAAGUCCCAUCUGGAUCUUCUCAAACUUAUCAUGGAUGGGAUGACUGAAGCUUGCAUAAAAGGUGGUAUUGAAGCAUGUUAUGCCUCCGUUUCUUGUGUCUGUGCCCUGCUCGGGGCAUUAGAUGAACUAAGCCAAGGGAAAGGCCUUAAUGAGGAACAGGUCCACCUGCUUCUACGACGCCUGGAAGAAUUGAGGGAUGGGGCUGAGACAAGCCGAGACUCCAUGGAGAUCAACGAUGCUGACUUUAGGUGGCAGAGGCGCAUCCUGUCAUCGGAACAUACCCCCUGGGAAUCGAGAAAUGAGAAAAGUCCUGACAUUAGCAUUAGUGUUACCACAGAUACUGGUCAAACCACUUUGGAGGGAGAUAUGGGGCAGACUACUCCGGAGGAUAAUCCUGAAGAUCAAAAAAACUCUCUGCAGUCUCCAGCUGGCCAAGACUUUAAAGAGAUUGGCUGUAAAGAGCCAGAAUCAGAAACAAUAGAGCAGCCAGAUGUGGUUCAAAGGAGUCACACCAUCGUUUAUCCAGAUAUAACUAAUUUCCUGUCGGUUGAUUGCAGGACACGAUCCUAUGGAUCCAGAUAUAGUGAAAGUAACUUCAGCGUUGAUGAACAAGAUCUUUCUAGGACUGAAUUUGACUCAUGUGAUCAAUAUUCCAUGGCAGCAGAGAAAGACUCUGGGAGGUCAGAUGUCUCAGACAUAGGGUCUGAUAACUGUUCCCUGGCUGAUGAAGAGCAGACCCCAAGGGACUGUCCAGGUCAUAGGUCCUUGCGUACUGCUGCUCUCUCUUUGAAAUUAUUGAAGAACCAAGAAGCAGACCAGCACAGUGCCCAGCUGUUUGUACAGUCCCUUGAAGCUCUUCUUCCUCGACUUAUAACACUCCAUAGUGUAGAAGAGGUGGAUUCAGCGCUCCAGAAUUUUUCCUCGACCUUCUGCUCAGAUAUGAUGUUCUCACCAGGAUUUGAGGGGAACCCCAAUUUCAGCUUCCAGACUCUGAUGAAUGCAGACAGUAUCUACAUGGUCUCGCACUAUACCCUUCUGCUCAAUCUGAAGUUAUCCAACUCUGACUACUACAGGAAGAAACCUUCCCAAGCACCGGUGUUGCAGAAGGAGUUUAUGAAGCAGGUUCAGGCCAGUGGAGUAUUGAUGGUGUUCUCUCAGGCAUGGGUUGAGGAGCUCUACCAUCAGGUACUGGAAAGGAACAUCCUGGGAGAGGCUGGUUACUGGGGAAGCCCUGAGGAGCACCGUCUUCCGCUCAUCACCAUGUUGACCGACAUUGAUGGCUUGGGGAGCAGUGCUAUAGGUGGGCAGCUGAUGGCAUCUGCAUCAACACAAUCUCCUCUCACCCAGAACCGGAAGACUGAUGAUUCUGUUGUGGCAGGUGUUGCUUUUGCCCGAUACCUUCUGAUCGGUUGCUGGAAGAAUUUGAUUGAUACCUUAUCCACACCUUUGACUGGUCGAAUGGCAGGAAGCUCCAAAGGGUUAGCAUUCAUCCUGGGAGCUGAAGGAGUCAAGGAGCAGAACCAGAAGGAGAAAGAUUCCAUUUGUAUGAGCCUGGAUGGACUGAGGAAGGCAGCCCGGCUGAGCUGUGCUCUAGGGGUUGCUGCUAAUUGUGCAUCUGCCCUUGCCCAAAUGGCUGCUGCCUCCUGUGUUCAAGAAGAGAAGGAGGAAAGAGACGCCCAAGAGCCCAGUGAUGCUAUAACUCAAGUGAAACAGAAAGUGGAGCAGAAGCUGGAGCAGAUGGGGAAAGUGCAGGGAGUCUGCCUGCACCCUGCUCAUGUUUUGUGCAUGGAUGCCAUCCUCAAUGUGGGCCUGGAAAUGGGAAGCCACAAUCAAGACUGUUGGCCGCAUGUGUUCAGGGUGUGUGAAUACAUCAGCACUCUGGAGCACACCCAUUUCAGCGAUGGCGCAUCUCAGCCCCCUCUCACUAUAACCCAAUCGCAGCAGGUCACAGGAGGGUUGCAGGUGGAUUAUUCGUCUGCAAACUCUCCCCAGGAACUGACCCCUGAGCAGGAGACCACCCUGAGCAACAAUCCCAUCAUCCAGCCCGUCUCCAUCCAGGACCUCAUCAAGGAGGGCAGCAAGGGCAGAGCUUUCGACUUUCGUGGAGGCAGCCUGCUAAGUGGAAGCAAUGCUGCCAAGGCAGUCCUCAUCCUCUCCACGCAGGCUGACAGGCUAUUUGAAGAUGCUGCUCACAAGCUAAACCUGAUGGCACUGGGUGGCUUCCUAUACCAGCUCAAAAAAGCUUCUCAGUCCCAGCUCUUCUACUCAGUCACAGAUACAGUUGAUUACUCCUUAGCAAUGCCAGGUGAAGUAAAGUCUACCCAGGACAGGAGAAGCGCACUCCAUUUGUUUCGUCUUGGGGAUGCCAUGCUCAGGAUUGUACGGAGUAAAUCCCGCCCAUUGCUCCACCUCAUGCGCUGCUGGAGUCUGGUGGCACCUCAUCUUGUAGAGGCUGCCUGUCAUAAGGAGAGACAUGUUUCUCGGAAGGCUGUCUCCUUCAUCCAUGAUAUCCUCACCGAGGUGCUGACAGACUGGAAUGAGCCCCCUCAUUUUCACUUCAGUGAGGCGCUGUUCCGCCCCUUUGAGCGCAUCAUGCAGCUGGAGCUGUGUGAUGAGGAUGUCCAGGACCAGGUGAUCACGUCUAUUGGGGAGCUGGUGGAGGUGUGUUCCAUUCAGAUCCAGUCUGGGUGGAGGCCCUUGUUCAGUGCACUGGAAACAGUGCACAGCAGUAGCAAGUCAGAGCUUAAGGAGUACCUUGUUGGAGAGUAUUCUAUGGGGAAAUGCCAGGCUCCAGUUUUUGACGUUUUUGAAGCAUUUCUCAACACAGACAACAUCCAGGUCUUUGCCAAUGCCGCCACUAGUUACAUUAUGUGCCUUAUGAAGUUUGUCAAAGGAUUGGGAGAAGUGGAUUGUAAGGAGAUUGGUGAUUGUGUGUCAGGAUCUAUGUCUACAGACUUGUGCCUUCCUGCUCUUGAUUACCUCAGGAGGUGUUCUCAGUUGCUAGCCAAAAUCUACAAAAUGCCCUUGAAGCCAAUUUUCCUCAGUGGCCGGCUGGCCAACUUGCCCCGAAGAGUGCAGGAGCGAUCAGCCAGCAGUGAGGAUGGGAUUGAGUGUGUCCUUUCUGACUUUGAGGAUGACUCUGGCCUUAUCAAUGUCUGGAUCAUUCUGCUGGAAGAAUUAACUACUGCCAUAUCCAACUGUCCCCGCCAGCACCAGCCACCCACCCUGGAUUUACUCUUUGAGCUGCUGAGAGAUGUUGCCAAAAUUCCUGGCCCAGGAUUUGGCAUUUAUGCAGUUGUACAUCUUCUACUCCCCACAAUGUCCCUCUGGCUCCAUCGUAGCCAUGGUGACCAUUCUUACUGGGAUGCGGCAUCUGCUAAUUUCAAGCAUGCCAUUGGCCUUUCCUGUGAACUGGUAGUGGAGCACAUUCAAAGUUUCAUUCAUUCAGACAUUGGCUACGAGAAUAUGAUUAAUACAAUGCUAAAAGAUCUCUUCAAGUUGUUGGUAGCCUGUGUGGCAGAGCCUACAGAAACAAUCUCCAGAGUUGGCUGCUCAUGUAUCAGGUAUGUCCUGGUGACAGCAGGGCCCGUUUUUACUGAAGAGAUGUGGAGGCUUGCAUGCUGUGCAUUACAGGACGCGUUCUCUGCGACUCUUGAGCCAGUAAAGAACCUAUUGGGCUAUUUCCACAGUGGUUCUGAAAGCUUUAGUGGCGAUGCCUGUGAAGUGAAGGUGGCGGCCCCAUCUCUCUCUCCCAGUGCCGAAGCUGAGUACUGGAGAAUCCGAGCCAUGGCGCAACAGGUUUUCAUGUUAGACACCCAGUGCUCACCAAAGACCCCCAACAACAAGGAGGGAUUUGAACAUGCUCAGUCCUGUGUGCUUAUCAUUGAGCUGCCUGCUGACAAGAAACACAACGGGCAUACCCAGAAAAGUAUCCCUUUCAGGACAAUAGUGGUGAGUCUGUUGUCUCAUCAAGUGCUGCUCCAGAAUUUAUAUGAUAUCUUGCUGGAAGAGUUUGUGAAGGGCCCCUCUCACGUGGAAGAGAAGACAGUACAAAUGCCAGAAACCAAACUGGCUGGUUUCCUCAGGUACAUUUCCAUGCAGAAUUUGGCUGUCAUCUUUGACUUACUGCUGGAUUCUUAUCGGACAGCCAGAGAGUUUGACACCAGACCUGGGUUGAAGUGCUUGCUGAAAAAAGUGUCUGGCAUUUGUGGAGCUGCCAACUUGUAUCGCCAGUCGGCAAUGAGCUUCAACAUUUACUUCCAUGCCUUGGUCUGUGCUAUACUGACAAACCAGGAGAACAUCACCGCAGAGCAGGUGAAGAAGAUCCUAUUUGAGGAUGAUGAAAGAAGCACAGAUUCCUCCCAGCAGUGCUCUUCAGAAGAUGAAGACAUUUUUGAAGAAACUGCCCAAGUCAGCCCCCCAAGGGGGAAGGAGAAGAGACAGUGGAGGGCUAGAAUACCAUCUUUGAGUGUUCAGCCAGUGAGCAAUGCAGACUGGGUUUGGUUAAUCAAAAGGCUUCACAAGCUAUGCAUGGAACUCUGCAACAACUAUAUCCAAAUGCAUCUGGAUUUGGAGAAUAAUGUGGAGGAACCUCCAGUUUUCAAAGGCGACCCUUUUUUCAUCCUACCAUCCUUUCAAUCUGAAACCUCCACCCCAUCAACCGGAGGGCAGUCUGGAAAAGAGACACCCUCAGAAGAUGACAGAAGUCAAAGUAGGGACCACUUGAUAGACAAUCUAACACCCAAGGGAGGGAGCGGAGAAAUGCUGCUGCUACCACCAUUGAGCCCUAAAAUGGAGAAAAAAGACCAAGCCAGGAAAAAAGAAUGGUGGGAGAGCGCUGGCAACAAAAUCUACACCAUAGCCACUGAUAAAACUAUCUCCAAACUCAUGACGGAGUAUAAGAAAAGGAAGCAGCAACAAAACUUGACCUCUUUCACCAAAGAUGUCAAAGUGGAAAAGAAGGGAGAGUUGUUGGGCUCAAGAGGGCAAGAUUCACCACUCCCCCAGCGACCGCAACAUCUGGUGGACCAGGGCCAAAUGAGGCAUUCCUUCAGUGCCGGCCCAGAGAUCUUGAGGCAAGAGAAGAGGUCGCGCUCAGGAUCUACAGUCAGCUCCUUGAACAUAUCUGUGCGAGAUGCAGAGGCACAAAUACAGGCAUGGACCAACAUGGUGCUGACAGUUCUCAACCAGAUACAGACCCUGCCUGACCAAACAUUCACAGCCCUCCAGCCAGCUGUGUUCCCCUGCAUCAGUCAGUUGACUUGUCACGUGACCGAUAUCCGUGUCCGUCAGGCUGUGAGAGAAUGGCUCGGAAGAGUGGGAAGGAUCUAUGAUAUCAUUGUAUAAAGGAAACAUGUUUCAUUAGCAAGGGGAGAAGGAAUCAAUGGCUUUUACAGGUAUACAAACAUAAUGCCGUUACUGAAAGUAACGGGUACGGAGCUACACAUGCAAUGCCUAUUCGUGGUGAUAAAUUCUGAAACCGCAAGCUCUCCAACAUGUCCUCUGCCCACUUAAGAUUGUAUGUUUGUCAUUCUCACCCCAACAAAAGAAGCGCCACACUUCACAUUAAGUAGCAUAACAUAAAAGCAAGAGAUGAAUCUGAAAAUUGCUGGUAAAUCAGGCUGGUACAUAAAGGCUCAGUAAAUUUCAUAGUGUGUAUUUUCAUCUGUGAAAGUUAGAUUGUGUAUGAAUGCACUUCUGCAGUGAGGAAAGGAGAAGAAAUAGUCAAAAUCUCCCUGGCUGCAGUUGGGAUGAAAGCAACUGUUCACCUAACAGGUCUCUCAGAUGAUACCUAUAAUUCCCAAGAUUUAGGACCAAAAGUAUCAGCCUAACCUUACCUGGUCUCCAUUUUUUUGAACAUGUAAUAUUGUGAACCCCACUAAUUGAAUCCUCUGAACCUUCAAUAAUGGGUGGAUACAACUCUCACUUAGAUGUCUAAGUACAGGAGUUGAUUGUGCUUCAAAACCCAGCAUGUAGACAACUGAAUCACCUCACUCACACACACCUACAUAACUGAAUAAUUGUGAGGAAAAAGCUGAGGGCAUAACAAGUGAAGGCAGGGGGGAGUGGUUGUUUGUUUGUGGUACUCUUUUAAAUUUUCCACAUGAAACUAAAAUGCAUCUGGGAAAAAAGUCACCAUAAAGCUCACCAAAAAAAAUAUUGGCCUCACUGCUUACUCGUCAUUAAAAUUUAUAUUCUAUGCAGAAGCUUUAA